AUUUACUCGCGGAUGGAUUUCGCAUAAAGGUUGUUAGGCUCGCUAGCCGGUGUCAUCUAGCUGUGUGUUUCGUGUGGUUGUGGUGAAGAAGAUAAGAACAAGUCAUCAAACGAAGUAUAGGUGUGACACAUUUAUUCUUGUUCACACAUUUCUUAUUGCAAAGCAAAAAACGAACGGGCUUUUGCAAGAUGUCAUUCAGUACUGGGGAUUCCGUGCUUGAUUCAACAUUGACCGACUGGCUGCGAUGGGACCAGAACCCUGAAUCCAAGUCUUUCAUUGAGAAACUGAUAGAAAGUAAUAAUGUGGAUGAACUGCGUAAUAGAUUGCUGAAGAGAAUGGAAUUUGGAACUGCAGGUUUGCGUGCAAAGAUGGGAGCUGGUAACUCUAUGAUGAAUGACUUGACAAUCAUACAGACAUCACAGGGAUUGGCAAUGUAUUUGGUCAGCUCUUCUCCCCAUGUAAUAGAAAAAGGAGUGAUGAUUGGGUUUGAUGCCAGACACAAUAGCCAAAGGUUUGCACAGCUGGCUGCCAUUGCUUUCCUCCAGAAGAACAUCCCUGUUUACCUGUUUUCACAGAUAUGCCCAACCCCUUUUGUUCCAUAUGCCACCGUGAAGCUAGGGUGUGUGUGUGGUAUUAUGGUCACCGCAUCCCAUAACCCUAAGGAGGAUAAUGGAUAUAAGGUUUACUGGGAAAAUGGCGCUCAGAUUAUAUCUCCACACGACAAAGGGAUUUCCAAGAGUAUCACUGAGAACCAAGAACCUUGGCCUGAAGCCUGGAAAACGGACAGUCUGGAUAGUAACCCACUUCUUAAGCAACCUUUUGAAGAAAUCAAAUCCUCCUAUUUCCAGGAACUGCAAAAAAUCUGCUUUUUCAAAGAACUGAACCCAUCUUCCCCACUGAAGUUCACCUACACAGCCAUGCAUGGUGUGGGUUAUCAGUUUGCUGUGAGUGCAUUUGAGGCAUUUCAUUUCAAGCCCUUCACUCCAGUUUUGGAACAGAUAGUUCCUGACCCAGAGUUCCCUACAGUGAAGUUCCCAAAUCCUGAAGAAGGGAAGAGUGCACUGGAUUAUGCCAUGAAGACAGCUGAUGAAAACCACAGUAUGGUGAUACUAGCCAAUGACCCUGAUGCUGACCGCUUGGCAGUGGCUGAAAAGCAACCAAGUGGAGAGUGGCAUGUGUUUACUGGCAAUGAACUGGGGGCAUUGUUUGGAUGGUGGCUGUGGUUUACCUUUAAGAAGGCAAAUCCAACAGAAACUGGGGCUGAUGUUUACAUGUUUGCCAGUACUGUGUCCUCUAAGAUCCUUCACAGCAUGAGCAAAAAGGAAGGUUUCAAUUAUGAGGAGACACUGACAGGGUUCAAAUGGAUGGGAAAUCGUUCACAUACGGUGAUACAAGAAAAGAAACGCGUGGUGUUUGCCUUUGAAGAGGCUAUAGGUUUCAUGUGUGGGUCCAUGGUACUGGAUAAAGAUGGCGUCAGUGCUGUGGCAGUGUGUGCCGAGAUGGCUACGUAUUUAUAUCACAACAACCUCACCAUUAUGAAGCAGUUAGACAAGAUAUAUGAAAUGUGA